AAGAUGUAACAUAAGAGUAGUGAACACUAUGAAAAAAGGCAGCUGCAAGACCAGGUACUGGAGAAUAAUUGUGCUGUAUAAAAUUGUUGCGUAUCAGAGAACAGUUUUUAAAUUUUCUAUAAUUUUAAAAAGUGUCGCGAACCUUUCGAAUUUUUUAUAUUAAAACUACAAUUUUUUGUGGUCUAUAAUCAGUUGGUACCACUUGUUGCGUUUUAAGGACUUUCGUACCCGACAACCACUGUUCAGUUAGUCAACGGAUUCAGUUAAUCAACGAACUUUCCGAGGGAAACUGUGUGGACAUCGAAAUUCUUAUUUCAAGAGAAAGAAAAUUGUUGAAAAUUAAACAUGCCCAAGAAACGUCCAAAUAAGAAUUCUUUCGUCUUUUUCAUGGAAGAGUUCCAAAGGCGUGAACAAGCUUUGGGACGAAAAUUUCCUGGUGGCUUAAAAGAUGUACAGUGCGACCCUUCCUGCAAUCAACAGUGGCGAAAUUUGACUCCCCAAGAAAAAAGACCUUACGAAGAAAUGGCUAAGAACUACAAGGUUCAAAGUGGAGCCAGAGGAAAACUCACUACGACUGGUGAAUCAAUUGCUGCUCUUGAAGCAGAAGCACGUAGAAAGCAAGAAAUGGAGGAAAAUAUGAAUAUGAAUAUAAUAGAAACAGUGAACAUGGCUAACAGAAAAAAUAGUCUGCAUAAGAAGGAAUUCUUUUUUAUUCACGUGAAUUAUUUUUGCCGUGAUAUACAGAACAACCUCAGCUACCCUGCUGAGUUUGCAUUAGCUCGAUUUUCUCUUGAAAAGGGCGUUGAUGAAAUUUACAACGAAAUAUUGAGCGUCAAUAUUCCGCUUGGCAAGCGGUAUGAGAUCCAGCAGCACGCACAAAAUACGCAUAAAAUUUCACGGGACCUUGACUGCGCUCAAAAGGAUUUUGCGUACAUGUAUAAUGUGUUUACAAAAAUGUUGGGUACUGAUGGUGGGAAAUAUCCACCAUUGUACACAACAAAGGAACUUUUUCCUGUUGUAAAUGACUUGCUGGAGAGAUUUUGUGAUGCAGGAGAUACUAAUGUGGCCAUAUUCAAGGUUUAUUCAAUAGAAUUGCUUUUCACGCACUUAAGAACUGCCUGUGCCCAACGAGUUGAUUCAGAAGGGUUUCCUACGUACAUGAUAGCUGAAAACGAAUUGAAGAAAGAUGUUUUUGAUUACACACCAGGCAUAGAAUGCGCUUAUCAUAAACUAUUAGAUGGUACAAACGUGUACUGUAGCAAGUCCAUUGUAAAACGAUGGGCUUUUACCAUUUGUGACUUCUGUUGUGCUGAUUUGGGUAUAGAGAUGACUCCCGGAAUUCAUUGCCCUGCUCAGAAUAAUUUGGAUUAUGAUGGACCCAUUGACAGUGGUGUUCAAGGUUUUAGUAUGAAUGAUAAACGUGCUAUUAACACGAUGACUCCAUCUUGUGAUUUGUACCGAUGGAAAGUAUCGGAACGCACGGAUGAAGAAGAACGACGCAGACGAUUGAAUUCAAAGAAAAUUUCUAUAGUUGAUUAUGGAAAACCCGAAAAUCAACAUCUAAUUGAUGAUACCAACUUAAACGAUUCAGCUGAAUUUCAACCUCCAGUCACCCCUUCUCAGGCGUGUGCUUUGCCGCCGGACCUUGACGUUCCAAUGGAACUUGCGACGCAGAGAAGUCUACGAGAGCCAAAUACUAAAAGUUAUGCGGAAAUCGGAGCUCCGCCUCCUGUGCCACUAUGGGACGAUUCUGACUUCCCGACAAUUGGUGGACGGGGCCGUUUUCAAAAAAGCACUAAGGAAAACAUACCCAUGUUUGGUCGAGGUCGUGGGCAUUCAACAUAAGCAUCUGUUCCAUUAUCUCUGACACUGAUAACGGCAUACAGGGCAAAACUUUUAUAUUUCUAAGGACUUUCAGCUACUAAUUAUUCAACGGAUGUUACCUAUUAUUUACUAAGUAAUGCACUAUAUCACUAAAUCAUAAUGAUGCUUCCAAUGUCGUCAGAGUGUAAAGUGAAAUACUUUUCAUCUACUAAAGUAAUCUUAUAUGAAUACCAAAAUACUUUCCUUUUGUUUCCAUAAAAGAUAUAAUAUACUAUAGUAUAAUAUAACGUAGAUAAUCUACUUAUGCCAAAGUGUUAAAGUGCAGUGCCAAAGUCUUAUUUACUAAUGAGAAUUAUUUCUUAGUUGAGAGAUGUAUUUUCUUUAUAUUCAAAUAAUAUUAUAUAUUUUACAUCAAA